AUGCCGAACAAAACUUAUGAGUAUGGCGAAUUAGUCGUCACCGUGACUUUAGCUUUGGAUGCCAUUUGGAACGACAAGGGUAGUAGUGCCAGUAGGGACGGGGGAUUUUGGAACCCCAUCCCGCAAGGCACCUUGCGCCCUCUGGGCAGUAUGGCUGUCGGAAACCAUUCUGCUCUUAAUGGCAAGCGUGCGGCGUUCUUAGUCGGAGCCAAAUCCACCAGCUCCACAAACCCCCCCGUGAAAGCGCCCACUGGCUAUACCCUGGUUUGGACCGACAAGGGCAACGGGGCCGACGCAGAUGGUUCUUUCUGGCGGCUUAUAGCACCGGUUGGCUAUACAUCAAUGGGGGAUGUUGUCCAGUCGGGUUGGUCUAAACCUUCAACCAUCGAUGGCCAGUACGCCGAGGAAAGCAUCUGGGACGACAAGAAGUCCAAAGCCGAUUCCGACGUUUCCAUCUGGAAAGUGUUCCCUUAUACCAAAGGGGUCAACGGGUCUGAAUUUCUCCCGGUGGUGGCUGGCACGUUCCGGGCCAAUGCACAACAUGACAUUGCCCCCGACUUGGGGUAUGCAGUGGUUCCGACCCUUAAAGUUCCCAAGGACUUCGUCGACUUUACGCAGUCAGCACCAAUAAUUACUGUCGACAAGAUUCCAAGCGUCGGCACGACCUAUACAUGGACCGACCAGUGUGCGGUCAUCCUGCCCUUUACCUCCUUUCAUGAUGAUACCGACCCACGGAGCCUCCAACUUAUCAGCAACCCGUUUUGCACGGCGAGCAGAUCCAUUGCAUGGUACGUCGAAGAGUCUUGGGUCAAUGACAUGGCCGGCUGGAUUGAAAGAUCCAAGACAUUGAAAACCGGCGCCAGCAGUGCGCAGUCAACUGAGCUGGUCCACAGCUCUGGUAUCACGCUGUCGGCUGGUGGUGGCGUUGCCGUGAAAUUGGAAGUCGCUCUGAAUUACUAG